AGUCCCUGUCCUUGUUCGAUCGGUAUGCAUGCAGCCUUGGUGUCAGUAAUUUUGCAACUUAUUGCGAAAUAUAUUGAGGCAAUGCACAUGCUUGUGGUUUGGAUUUUUGGGUUACGCGACAAAUGUCUAACCUUGAAGACCUACUUAGCACCACGAAAAUGUGCUGAACAUCAAACUUCAGCAUUUAACUGCGUAUUUUACAGGAGAACUGGCUAGAGGUGGCAGAAGAAAUCGAUGACGUAUUUCUGGGUGAUGCUGAGACCAAGCUUCGGAGAAGCAGGGCCAUCGGGUGGAGACAAUCCUCUUAUAACGCCUGAGGGUCACUUUGUGUUGGAUGUGGUCUUCACGACUCCUAUUACGGCUGGAAACUUACCUAUGAGCUGUCGAACUAUUCGUCUCUGCAACUCACCAUCUGAAGUGGCAGAGAACUUGGAAACCAUACCUGGAGUUAUGGGACAUGGUCUUGUGAUAGAUGUAGCGUCUGCGGUAGCUGCAGCAGGCCCAGCUGGGACGAGGAUCAGAACACCAUUGUUCCAAGCUGCCCUCACGUCUACGGAGUGAGUUAACCUUCGAGUUCGCAUAGCAGUAUACGUGGUGAAUACAUUCAGGAAUUUAAGUUGAGUUCUUCCAUGGAAUUGUCAGCACACCUUACAUCACUGAACACCAUUGCAAUAGAGGCUUAGCGAAGUUGGAAUACCUAUAUUCAUAAGGAGCAUUCGACCUAAUAGAUUUGGAAGUUGGGAUAAACUAUUCAACAUGGAAUCAAAAAGAUUCAGAAUGAUGGAGUUAGGUCUUUACAACAUACUAAGUUACCUCAUGUGUCUGUCUUUGCAGCCA